UCAGGCUGAGUGCACAGACAGAGUCAGACUGUUUCACAACUCCCUGUAGACCCGGCACACACAGCUUGGACCACGGCAGAAACAGACGAGCCGCCGGCACAGAGGGCGAUGGCACCUGGGCAGACGGAUGCCGUGGCCCCAGAGAGAGAAGGAUCAGCGGGAGAAUGGACAGUGGCUCUCUAUCCACAGCAGCCUUCCGUUACAUCACCGGCCCAGAAGGGCAUCCCAGGCCAAGGUUCUGUUAGUGAGGAGGAUGCCAGUUCAGCUCCAAACCCAGAGGAUGCUGAGGACAAUGAGGAGUUCCUGGAGCAGCUCAUGUCUCUGACAUCCCGCGGCUUACCCCAGCUGGAGAUUGAAGAGAAAUACGACAUCACCAAGGAGUUGGGCAGUGGUUCCUAUGGACACGUCCUGCUUGUCCAGCACCACGAGAGAGGGACUUCAAUGGCACUGAAGCUGAUGUCCAAGGAAAAGACAGGGAGACGAGAGUUCCUGCGGGAAUAUUGCAUUGCCCUCUGCCUUUCCUCACACCGUGGCCUUCUCCGAACAAGCGGCAUUGCUUUUGAGACAUCUACGCAUUAUGCUUUUGCACAGGAGUUGGCGCCAGCUGGAGAUCUCUGUGCCAUCCUGAGCUCAGAGCAGGGCAUUCCAGAGGUGCAGCUGAAGAGGUGUGCCGCCCAGUUGGCUGAGGCACUAGAUUUCAUGCAUGGCAAGGCCAUGGUGCAUCGGGACAUAAAGCUGGACAACGUGAUGCUCUUUGACAGCGAGUGCCGGCUGGUGAAGCUGGGUGACUUUGGCCUCACAAGAGUGGAGGGCAGCCCAGUAGCUGCCAUGUCUGGCACCCUGCCCUACUCUCCGCCUGAGUUGUGCCUUCUGGAGGGCAACGAUACUCUGUCUCUAGACUCCAGCCUGGAUGUCUGGGCCUUUGGGGUGCUGCUGUUCUGCCUCAGCACAGGUUGCUUCCCUUGGGACGUGGCGAUGAGUCCCGACCCUCAGUUUGAGGAAUUUAGUAUCUGGCAGAACCGUACAGUACCAGGGGAGGCUCCUGGCCUGUGGAAAGGCUUCACCGCUAAUAUCCUGGGCAUGUUCUGCCGUUUGAUGACCAUUGACCCCGAUCGUCGCAGUCCUGCUAUCGAAGUGCACAAGUACUUACACUUGCCCUGGCGGGUGGACAGCUCUGGAGCAACACAGAGUCCACCGGGUGAUUGUCUCAAGGGGACAGAUUCUGGUGCAUGCCUCAGGGGCCCCACAGGGGACAAUGCUGACUUGGUCAGUGGCACCCAAGAGAAAUGCCCUGGACUGAUCACCACUGAAAAAACCCAUGCCAUACAAAUGGAUCCUGAUCUUGGAAACAAGCCCAGUCUACAGGAAGGCUCCAGAUUAGCACAGGCGGGACUCCAGCCCUGAAUAGGUUGUAAGGAGUGAUGACCAGAAUUUUCCCUGACAGGCCACAACGAGCUGAAAAGUUUGAGUCAGGAAGAAAGACCUUAGCAGUAGUCUGACCAACCGAGAGGGUAGGUUUUAGAAGUAUCAAGCAACGUAGUGUCACCCCUUCCCUCUAGCUGCUGAAAAGGACAGAGUAGAACUGAGUAGACCUUCUCCCUAAAUGACAGGGUUGGUGCACAGUUGGGCAGCAGUGAUAUCCAGUAACCCAACAUGAAAUCCUACAGAACAGAUAUGUUUUGUGUAUCUAGCAGGGCUGGCGUAACCUGUAGGCAAUAAU